GCUUCCUUCUGGUCCAUCUUAUAUGCCAGUCAUCCAGGUACUUCUCAUAUCCUCGGCGGAGGCUGGUCUAUUACAGCCACUAUCGUCGCCGCGCCGGCAUGCUUCACGUUCGGGAACGCUAGCAUUCCUGUUUAUCCCUGGCUUUACCAACAAGGCUGGUCGAAACAUGGAGGCUGA